AGAGAGAGAGAGAGAGAGAGAGAGAGAGAGAGGGGGGGAAUGACAGAUGGACGGAGGGCGGCGGAGAACACCUCCACGAUUUAUGUUCAAACUUCACAACAAAGAAAUAUGAGCGUUUGGACGUUCCAAAUCUGACUUGUGAUUAUUCGGGAAGUUUAUACAUAUAUAAUUUUACAUUUCAAAAAGAGCGAUUCACAUGAGGAGUGUUUUGACGGGUGUCAGACCGCUCUGACCUCAGGAUCUGACGGACAGACAGUGACAGGCUGCAGUGUGAGCGACCUGAAGGAGGAGGGCGUUAAACGCUUAGACGAUACAACAUGUGCGUUCACAGAUCACUUGAACGGAUUUUGCAUGACAGACAGACUUGAUUUCAUAAUGUAUACUCUUUGAUAUCAAUCCAAUCUUUGGGGGUCUGGGACAUUUUAAGGCUUAAAAGGAUUUGGACUCACAUCCUCAAAAUACACUGACAGACAGAUAUAGGAACUCGUGCUGCUGGAGAGUCAUUAAAUACCUUGAAUCUGCCGCUCAGGAUUUACUGAGAAAAUAAUCCACUCCAAUUCAGACCACAUCAACCACCCCGGCUCGACGCUGCACCCAGAGACACUACCUCAGAAGAGUCCCUCCAUUAAAAGGACUGAAGCAUUUGCUUCAGUGGCUCCCUCUGUAAUGUUAAAGUGAAGGCAUUAAUACAAGCUCACGUUUACUCACACACAGCCAGCAGGUGCAUGAAUGAUGGGUAAUAAGGCUGGGUGAGAGGGCAGCUUAAAGCGUAACAAAGACAUAUAAAGACACAUAGGGGAGGUUUAAGGUCUCUGUAGGACAAGCUGCAGGUUGUACACAUGAUUAUCACACAUAAGAUACACUGUGCUGAAAGGGAUUCUUCCAGAGACUUCAGCACCAUGAUGGAGAAAAUGAACCCCACCGGCCCACCGGCCUCACCGCCCGACCUGCCUCGCCGUUCCUCCUCUUCCUCAUCCUCCGGCGCCUCCUCUCCAUCCUGUGCCUCCGUAGAGCAGCACAGUCCCCUCCAGCAGACUUUAGCCCCCUCGAGUGCUAACAAGAACGGGCACAGGGGACACACGGAUGUCCCCUCUUCCGGCUCCAUUCACUCGCCCAUUUCCACAACAACAUUAACUAGUCGCCCUGCAGAUACAGCUGCUGCACCUGAGCCCAUCGUCAUGGAGACCGAGGAGGAGGAGGAGGAGAAGCGACGAGGGCCAAAGAGCACCACAGCCCCUGUCAUUUCGACAAACAGGUCUCCAACUCUGUCCUCCCCACCUCCACUUCUCCCGGCACCUUUCAAGACCUCCUCGGGCCCUCUACCAACUCCAACCUCCACCGUGUCCUCCCUUUCCUCCUCCUCAUCCUCACCUCUCCCUCCACACAUUCCAGUCAUCAGCCUUGGUCACAGCAAACCCCCUCUCCCUCUCCCAAAUACCCCUUUGACGGCCCUCCACCCGAUUCCCAACCUCCUACAUGGGCCACAUGGGGACCUUCGCCGCAGUCAGCUGUCCUGUUCUUCUGGGGGCCCUUCACCCCCCUCCCCAGGGCCCCUGCUGCCUCAGCAGUACCUCUCUGCACACCCCUUCUUCGCCAGCUCUUACCUGGGUCCCUCAGGAGGAAAUUAUGGGGUCAUCAAUAACAGCCGGAUCAAGCGAAGACCCUCGUCACACUAUGAGGUGGAGAUCAAUGACUGCCCGCCCCAGAAGAUGGCUCGCCGUGUCUUCACCAACAGCCGCGAGCGCUGGCGACAGCAGAACGUGAACGGGGCGUUCUCUGAGCUGAGGAAACUCAUUCCCACACAUCCGCCUGACAAGAAGCUCAGCAAGAAUGAAAUCCUGCGUCUGGCUGUGAAGUACAUCAACUUCUUGGUCACUCUGCUCAACGACCAGGCGCAGGACAAGAGCAGAGACUCAACUGAGGAUGAGGACGAGAGCACCGUGGCAGACCAUAAUAAACAGAACAUCCUUUUUCAGUGCAACACCCCUCCUCCGUCCAACGACGCCCCGCCGCCCCGCCCCGGGACCGUCCACAGAGACAGAGACUCAACAGACUCAGUCAUCGCCAUGGUUAACUCCCCAGCUACAUCCAGUUGCUAUGGCGACACGGACAGUGAGGAAAGCUUUGGGGCUAAGACUUCUUUGGUGACCCAUGGCAUUCUGGGAAAGGUCAAGGGUCAGAUAAGGAUGGUGGCAGCCACAAACGAUGAGCGGUGACACCAAAAGACAGCCAACAAAGAGGUGCGAAUGUUAGACUGAUGGACACAAUCAUCGUCGGACACAAAAAGGGUUUGAGGAGCAAGCGUGACUCUCAUUAAUCAGUGAAAUAAGUGGGAGAUGGAUAUUUUAAGACAUUUUUGUUGUUUCAACUGCCUUUAUGUCUUUUCCAGGGUUGUGCAAACAUUGUGUAAGCUCUGUGUUUUGGGAAAAUACUGCUGUGGGGCAGGUUGAGGGCCAUGAAACAUCAAUGAGUAUUUAAACAGACUUUAAAAGGUUUCAUAUCCAAAUAAGGUCCCAAUUUGUCAAACAAUGAGGCUCCAUACCAUAUAUGAAUUAUGCAAAACACUGUGAUGGAAAUAUAUAUUGUCUGAUUUUAAUUCCUACAUGGUAACAAAAAUAAUAAUCUUUUCUCAGAUAAAGAAUUUAGGUUGAAAACCAGAUCUUUUGUUUUCUUAAUCUAAAUGCUGCCUUGGUAACAUUUAUAUAAUUAGCAUUGCCCCAGUAGAUUUAAAGUGACUUAAGAGUGCCACUACUCUUAUGUGCCUGCAGAGAAGUGCAUGCGAACAAUGCAAUAAUUAACCAAAUUUGCCGUUUUGGAUGUUCCUGCUUUUCUUAUUGUCGGAGAUGGUUCCACCCCAAGAUUGUGAAACACUUGUACCAGACAGAAAUAAAGUGUGUUUUAGAUAGCUGUUCCUUAUUUGACAUCCUCUUAUUGCAUUACAAAGACUGCUCUGUGUCAGCAAGAUUUCUCAACAUUACAAUAAUGUUUUUCCCAUGUUUGUCAAAAGGUUUAGGGAACAUUUGCGUAUCCUCAAAGAGUUCAGCACAAUUAAAUCUCAGUUGCUAUUGGGUUGGGUUCUGAAAUAAACAAGUGUAAACGUGAAUGCUCAUUUUUAAACAAUAACGUGUAAUAUUUGUCAGCACAUGUUACACAAUAAGGGCUGAAUAGUCAGGGGCAAACUCCUUGUUUUUUUGUGCUUUUCACCAUAAUGACAGAUUCAUUACAGUACUUUCAACAAUGUAGCCAUAAAAAAAAGUUUUAAAUGGUUUUACUAUAGAGCCCUGAAAAUAAUAAAAA